AUGUCUGAACUGCAUAGACUGCUUACGUUCCCUUCACGACCAAUCACGGAUGCUGCGUAUGCCACCGAGCUCCAUAGAUUCUUGGCCAGUGGCAUACCAGCAACAUACACUUUAGAGCAAGUUGCGGCAUUCGAACAAGGAAGGGGAGCGGAGCAAGACGAUAUUGAUGGAUCCAACACUACUCCAUUGCACAUUUUGACUAGAUCUUUACCUCUCAGUUUAACUGAAGAAGAAACUGACGUUGUGCUGAAGAUGAUGGAUAUUCUCUUUGAAUAUGGAGCUGGUUGGAACUUUAUCGAUUACGAAAACAAAACAAUUGGAGACUUAUUACUAGAGAAAGGCCAGGAUCGAAAUGGUAAACUGUACAAAAGAGUGGUUGCAGCUGGUGUGAGUGCGGAGCUACUGUUGAGGAAGAUAAAUGGAGGGGAGAUCGAAUUUUUGGAAGUUGAUCGUGAUGACCAAGCACAAGAAGAAACUGUCAGCACAACUGCCGCAGUGGUUCAGCCAGAUACCGACCGCACAGCAGAUGAUUCAAAGACAUACCUUGCAACGCCUUUGGAAUACACUGACGAUUCUCUCAUUACCAAGGACAACAAAGACGGUGUGAUGAUGGAUUGGGAAACUGAAAUAAUGGCGGUAGCUGCGAAGACUAUAUGCUCAACAGGCUCUGCUAAAGAGAAAAUCAUACUCAACGUCGGAUUCGGUAUGGGCAUCAUUGACACUUUUAUUCAAAAAGAAAAGCCCACACAGCAUUACAUAUGCGAAGCACAUCCUGAUGUACUUGCAAGAAUGAAAACUGACGGGUGGUACGAUCGCCCCAAUGUUAUAAUUCUGGAAGGCAAAUGGCAAGACUCUUUGAAUAAGCUUUUGGACGAAGGUGAUACUUUUUUUGACGGAAUAUAUUAUGACACUUUCAGCGAGCAUUACCAGGACAUGCUCGAUCUGUACGAUGUGGUGGUCGGUCUCUUGAAACCAGAAGGUGUCUUUUCCUUUUUCAACGGUCUAGGUGCUGACAGACCAUUGUGCUACGACGUUUACCGCGAGAUUGUUACGAUAGACGUCAAUAACUACGGCAUGAACUGUCAGUAUGCCAAUGUAUCGGUCAAUUUGAAUCAAGACUGGCAAAAUGUGAAACGUUCGUAUUUCAAUUGCAACUACUAUUACCAUCCUCGUAUCACAUUCACCUAA